GAUUAUUUUACGUUAGUUGCUGGUUGUCUUGAGGUAAUGUGGGUAGGUGAUAAACCGAUUUGUUGAAGUUAUCAUUGUACUUUUGUCUUUUUAAAUAUAUAUAAAUUAUAAGCAAGAACAAUAUUAUAAGUUUUGUACACAGUUAUUUUAUUAAAUUAGAAUGUCAUCUCUCGAGUUACCACUUGACGCCCCAGCUCCACGCUUGUGCCAUCUGGUGAAAUGGCCAGAUUUUGAUGGGUAUGGUUUCAACCUGCAUGCCGAGAAAUCUAGAGCAGGGCAAUAUAUUGGCAAGGUCGACCUCGAAGGCCCUGCUGAUUUUGCAGGGCUGAGAGAAGGUGAUCGCAUCAUUGAAGUAAAUGGGGUAAAUAUUGCAAAUGAAAACCAUAAGCAAGUUGUCGAAAGGAUUAAAGCAAUACCUCACGAAACAAGACUUUUAGUGUUGGAUGAAGAAGGAGAUAAGUGGUACAAAGAAAACAAAUUAGUUGCCAGAAGCACACAGUCGAAUGUGGUAUAUAACAAAACGCCUAUUAAACGUCCUUCAGAAAAUAGCGUUGAAAGUAAAGCUGAACCUGAGGUGAACGGCGUUAACAACACUAUCGAAAGCAACCACCAAGAGAGUAACAAUAAUCACAGUAAACCAGAAGAAGCUGAAUCACCGUUGGUGCUGGCCAAAGACGAAGAUAAUGAGUUGUCAGAGGAAAAACAAAGUGAAGUGGAAGACAUCAAUUAUUCACAGUUAGCUGAUGCUGAACCAGAACCUAUAGGUUUGAAUAUACCAAAACCAGACACAGAACAGAAAAAAGUAGAGAAUGGAACCUCUCCAGAGUCUACACCCAAGAGUCAACUAAAGAGUCAUGAUUAUGGAUCCAGUCAUGAAAGUGUUAGCUCUGCAUCAGAUUCCUCGUAUUCCACUAAAACUGGUCAUAAUGAAAACGAAAGUCCCGUAUCUAAAGCCAAAAUACAAUUGGAAGGUCUGAACCUGAAUAUGAGUGCCUCUGAGAUGAGACAGUUACUGAGUGCUCGAAGAAAACGUGACCCAAGAAAGGAACAUAUGGACAUGCGUGAGAAAUACCAUAUUAUCCAGCAGAUGUAACUGACCAAGAGCUUAAUCAUUUGACUUGCACAGUAACUGUUGAUUGUUUUGUCAAUCAUCGAAAUAACUGAGAUUUUGAAGUAAGGGGUUAGUUAAUCCCUUUCUUGACUGUUUAUUAUUUAACAAAGGAAAUUAGAGGUAAAACAAAUUAUAAUUGCAAGUAGUAUUAAUAAAAUGGGUUUUGUCUUGUUGUUGUGUGAUUUUAAACAAGCUGGCUUGCUUGUAUUUUUAGAUACUAUAAAAAAGCAGACCUAUGAAAUGUUUCAUUCACCAGUAUUAACCUUUGAUGUAUUACAAAAUAGCUAAUAAUAUUUUAUUUUGUGUAGCAGCAUAGCUUUUUUCUCUCCAUAGUCUUUAUACCUGAUUUCAACAUUCCAUUGUUCUGACUGGUGUAAGAAUGUCGGACCCAAAUUGAGUUGUUCUUCCAAGUAUUUCAUUAAUAUAAAGAACUUGUGAUCAAAAGAAACAUUGUUAUAUUUCUCAGUGCAGGUGUGAUUUCUGCAUUAAUAGUUAAUAUUAUUAUGAUAUAUAUUAUUUACACAAAGAAAUAUUUCAUAGAGAUAUGAAACAACUGUGUGUCUAGCAUAGUAGUGUAUUUAGUUUAUAUGGACUUGUAUGCUUCUGGAAUGUGUAGUAUGUAUAUAACUGCAAUUUAUCUACAAGAACUGACUCACACAUUGACCCUAAAAAAAAAACUACUUUCAGAAAGAACUUUGGUAACUAGUUAUUUUUCAGUAUGUCUUGUUUCAUAUAAUCCUAUGUGUUAAACACUGCAAUGGUGACAGUAUCAUGAAAUAAAUCUUGAAAAUCAGCUGCUUUUUUACUUGAAAAUUUACAUAUUCUUAUAUCUCUCAUAGUGUAUAUCCUUCUGUAAACUGGUGCAUACUUUAUUUUAUACACAGUGCCAAUCUUAGGCAAGAUACAAAGUGCAUGCAUGGGCCCCCAUAGUGACAAUUAAAAAAAAA